UCCAUCGGGCGCGCUUUGCUGCUUGCAUUGCCAUCUGCACAUCAAUCUCGCUCGCUUCUUGUCGGUAGGGCAUCACCACUCUUCAUCCAAGUUGGCAGCCUGGCAGCAAGCCCCUCUGCUGUUCGUCUAUACUUGCAUCCGUCGUCUUUGAACCGUUUCCAAGACCUCGGUCCUUGCUUGCCACUGUUCGUUAUUUUAUUGCUUUCCCAUAAUACUUACGACUAGCUGCUAGCAAUAAUUGGAGAAAAGAAAAACCCUCGUUGAAAGCUAGCGCCGACCGCUGCGCCCUGCCUCCCCCCCCCAGUACCCAGUAGCACAGGAAUACCCAGUGGCAUCCCAUCGCGCCAACGAUCCCAAGUCUCACAGCGGGGACAGGGCUGGGCAGAACUCUAUCUAUCGAUUCCAACCCACGACGCCUGCUCUCUGGCACACCGCACUCUCGACCUCGACUUUUCUUCUCUCUCCACCCUUUCGCCUGGUAUUGAUUUGAGCGAGCAGCCAGUCUUCCUACAUCACGCCGCUCGUUCCUGCCUCUUUCCGGGCCCAUCGCAUCCGUCUACCCGACUCUGAGCGCCCUUUACCAGCGAACCCCAAUGCCCAUCUAAAGGGGGCACACAAACACCCACCCCCGCCGUCGCGAUGACCGCCAACGCCUACCAAGGCCUCUCGGAUUUCGUCAAGAAUCUGGCCAGGCAGCACGAUCCGGCACUCGAUGCCUCCUUCAGCGCCCAGAUAGCAGCCAACGGCGCGAAACAGAAUGCCAUCUCCCUUGCUGGGCCCGACUCGGCAGACAAGUCCGCACUUGAAAAAGAACUCGCCGCACUUGCUGCACGCGUGCAAUAUCUCGAAGCAAAAGCAAAUGUCGUCGACAACCACACCUUUCCUAUUACCCCUGGCGAGCCCGCCUCCUCGCCGUUCCUCUACGCUCCUACGGCCGUCCCCACCUCCCGCUUUGCAGGCCAAGUCGCCCGACGCGGUUCAUAUCGCGACCAGCGGGCGACAUGGGUUAGCAACUGGCUGGCUGCGAAAGAGAGCAACGGCGAUGACAGCCCACCUGCUGCCCUGACCGAGGAGCAGCUCAACUAUCUCCGUGAUCAUCUCAAUAAGCAGGCUGACCAGAUCAAAAAUCAGCGCGAGCACAUCGAUAACCUGAGCGCUGAAGUCAAUAAGCAGUUGAACAACCAGACUAUGGCUUUCGAACAUGGCAUCGAAGAUAUCGGUGCUUUGAAGCGUGAGCUCGGGAAACACCAGCAAGCCAACUUGGCUUUCCAAAAGGCUUUGCGUGAGAUUGGAAGCAUCGUCACGGCUGUCGCCAUGGGUGAUUUGAGCAAAAAGGUUUUGAUACACGCGAAGGAAAUGGACCCGGAAAUUACUUUAUUCAAGCGCACCAUCAAUCGAAUGGUGGAUCAGCUUCAGGCCUUUUCUACUGAAGUCACCAGCUUGGCGAGAGAAGUCGGAACGGAAGGAAGACUUGGUGGUCAGGCGAAUCUGCCUGGCGUCGCCGGUAUCUGGGCAGAGCUGACUGAUAGCGUAAAUGUUAUGGCGAACAACCUGACUGAACAAGUGCGUGAAAUCGCCAUCGUUACUACCGCCGUGGCACACGGCGACUUGAGCAAGAAGAUCGAACGACCAGCCCGUGGCGAAAUUUUGCAACUACAACAGACUAUAAAUAUCAUGGUGGACCAACUUCAGUCCUUUGCAACGCAAGUCACCAAGGUGGCUCGAGAUGUCGGCACGGAAGGAAAACUAGGAGGUCAGGCCGAAAUAGCAGGCGUUCAGGGCAUGUGGAACGAAUUGACAGUCAAUGUGAAUGCCAUGGCCCAAAAUCUCACCACCCAGGUCAGAGAUAUCGCGCAAGUUACCACGGCUGUCGCUCAGGGUAACCUGACGAGGAAGGUCGAAGCCCAAUGCAAAGGCGAGAUCCUGGAGCUGAAGAACACGAUCAAUCGCAUGGUGGACCAGUUGCAGCAGUUUGCGCACGAGGUUACCAAGAUCGCGCGCGAGGUCGGUUCCGAAGGACGGCUAGGCGGCCAAGCUACUGUGCAUGGAGUAGAAGGAACGUGGAAAGAUUUGACGGAGAACGUGAACGGUAUGGCCAUGAACCUGACGACGCAAGUCCGAGAGAUUGCCGAGGUCACAACCGCUGUGGCUCGUGGAGAUCUUAGUCGCAAAGUCAAGGCCGAAGUCCAGGGUGAAAUUCUAUCGUUGAAGAUCACCAUCAACACCAUGGUGGAUCGUUUGAAUACCUUUGCCCAGGAAGUCAGCAAGGUCGCUCGGGAAGUCGGAACAGACGGUAUCCUAGGAGGACAAGCGCAAGUCGACAAUGUGGAAGGCAAAUGGAAAGAUUUGACGAACAAUGUCAACACCAUGGCUCAGAAUCUCACGCUUCAAGUACGAAGUAUAUCCGAGGUCACACAGGCUAUCGCUAAGGGCGAUAUGAGUCGCAGAGUGCACGUCGAUGCGGAGGGAGAGAUCCGACUCCUCAAAGAUACCAUCAAUGACAUGGUUACCCGUCUUGAUGAUUGGUCUCUCGCAGUGAAGCGAGUGGCUCGAGAUGUGGGUGUCGAUGGAAAGAUGGGAGGACAAGCAGAUAUCCACGACAUUGACGGCCGCUGGAAGGAAAUCACCACAGAUGUAAACACCAUGGCGCAAAAUCUCACGUCUCAAGUGCGCGCAUUCGGAGAUAUCACCAACGCAGCUAUAGAAGGCAAAUUCACUCAGAUCACGGUUGAGGCUUCUGGAGAAAUGGAUGAGCUGAAGAGGAAGAUCAACGAGAUGGUGUCCAGUCUUCGAGAGAGUAUUGAAAGGAACACCGCUGCAAGGGAAGCUGCCGAGUUGGCCAAUAAGACCAAAUCUGAAUUUCUGGCGAACAUGUCUCACGAGAUCCGAACACCCAUGAACGGUAUCAUUGGUAUGACACAGCUCACUCUGGACACGGACCUCACAAACGCGCAGCGAGAAAUGUUGACCAUUGUUCAUAACUUGGCCGGUCAGCUUCUUACCAUUAUUGAUGACAUUCUUGAUAUCAGCAAGAUCGAAGCGAAUCGCAUGGUAAUGGAAGAGAUUCCGUUCUCGCUACGUGGAACCAUAUUCAACGCCCUCAAAUCCUUAGCUCAAAGGGCCAACGAACGCAAGCUGAACUUGGCAUACGACGUAUCCUAUUCGGUUCCAGACUACGUCGUUGGUGACUCAUUCCGAUUGAGGCAGAUCAUCCUUAAUCUUGUCGGCAAUGCUAUCAAGUUCACGGAGCAUGGUGAGGUCAAGGUCGCCAUCUCAAUGCACGCACAGCAAGAAUGUGCGGCGGAUCAAUACGUCUUCCAAUUUGCUGUCUCCGAUACUGGCAUAGGAAUCCGGGGAGACAAGCUCAACCUCAUCUUCGACACUUUCCAGCAAGCCGAUGGAUCGACGACCCGUAGAUUCGGAGGUACGGGUCUGGGUCUUUCCAUCUCGAAACGUCUUGUUACAUUGAUGGGCGGAAGAAUGUGGGUGGAGUCCGACUAUGGCAAGGGAAGUACGUUCUACUUCACUUGCACGGUACGGCUCGGCAACCCGGAUAUCAGUGCUAUCCAACAACAGCUCGCACCAUACAGCAAACAUACUGUUCUUUUCAUCGACCAAGGGCACACCAACUUUUCGGAGCAGAUUGUGACACAUCUCAAAGCACUCGAUCUCGUCCCCAUCGUCGUUCAUACCGUCGAAGACGUACCUGUUUUGGAAGACAGGAACGUGCCCGACAUGCCCUUUGACUGUGUGGUGGUCGAUAACGAGAGGACUGCCAGAGAACUAAGGAUUGCUGAACGCUUCAAGUAUAUACCCUUGGUAAUGCUUACCCCAAGGGUGUCCAUAAGCCUGAAGUCGACAUUGGAGAAUGGUAUCUCGAGCUACAUGACAACACCGUGCUUGUCUAUUGAUCUUGGCAACGCACUGAUUCCAGCUCUCGAUGGACGAGCGGCGCCACUGAUAUCGGACCAAUCUAAGUCGUUCAACAUUCUUCUUGCCGAAGACAACCAUGUCAAUCAAAAGCUUGCUGUCAAGAUUUUGGAGAAGUAUCGUCACCGGGUCACAGUCGCUAAUAACGGACUGGAAGCUUUCGAGCACAUCAAGAAGAAACGUUAUGACUGCGUUCUUAUGGACGUGCAGAUGCCUGUUAUGGGUGGUUUCGAAGCUACAGCGAAGAUUCGAGAGUGGGAGCGUGUGAACGUUCUACCGUCGACGCCAGUCAUUGCCUUGACUGCGCACGCCAUGGUAGGCGACCGCGAAAAAUGUCUUGCCGCGCAGAUGGACGACUAUCUUUCGAAGCCAUUGAAGCAGAACCAGCUGAUUCAGACCCUUUUGAGGUGCGCCACCCUUGGUAGCAGCCAACUCUACGACCACGAUCGACAACCACACCUCCCCGAACUAUCGCUCCCAACGGAUAGUCCGAAGUCCAAGGGGAGAAGGCCGCACUUGGAGACGCGUGGCUACACGGAACGCAACAAUGCCGCCGAUGGCAGCCCUUCGUUGCUGGCAGCGGAUCAAGCAGAUCCCGUGGAUAGAGUAAGUUCCAUAUUUCUCGCUGCGGUAGCCGAAUUUAUACUGAUCCAGAUAACAGCUUCUUCUCCGAUCGCACAGCAGUUAGCGGGCUAUCGUCUCUCGGUUCUUUGA